UUACAACACUAUCGACGCGCCAUCUUUCUUUCGCGUCACUGUUCCGCUUCCGUUGACAGAUUCUUUCAGAUCAAAACCUCCGAAUAUGAAGGCUAAGGGAGAGUUGAAGGAAUAUGAGGUCAUUGGCCGCAAGCUCCCUUCGGAGAGCGAGCCUAAGCCGCCUCUAUACAAAAUGAGGAUUUUCUCCCCGGACCAAAUUGUGGCCAAGUCCCGUUUCUGGUACUUCUUGCGUCAGCUGAAGAAGUUCAAGAAGACUACUGGUGAAAUAGUCUCCAUUAAGGAAAUCCCAGAGAAGAGCCCGGUGAAGAUCAAGAACUUCGGCAUCUGGCUGCGUUACGAGUCUCGCUCUGGUGUACACAACAUGUACCGCGAGUACCGCGACCUCAGCGUCGGUGGCGCCGUCACUCAGUGCUACCGCGACAUGGGAGCCAGGCACAGAGCCCGUGCACACUCCAUCCAGAUCAUCAAAGUGGAAGUUAUCAAGGCCUCAGCGUGCCGCCGGCCACAGGUGAAACAGUUCCACAACAGCAACAUCAGAUUCCCGCUGCCCAAGCGCGUGCACCACCACAAACGCCUCAACACCUUCGCAUACAAGAGGCCCAGCACCUACUUCCUCUAAUUUUAUUAUGUAUGCAACAAUAAUAAUAAAAUCCGCAUCCUGAUGUGGGAACAAA